AUGCGUGAUCUCAUAUUCUUCCCCCGUAAAACCCGAUUCUGGUGGCGUUCUUCCAUGACGACGUCGUUUCUUAACGGCGAGAGGGCGGUGGUGGUGUUUUUCAUCUGCAGAAUCCUCUAUUCUCUCCCUCUAUCUCUCCUCUUCCAUGGCGUCGCUCUCUCUCUCCUCACCCUCGCCUCUUUCUCCCUUGAAAUCUCCUUCGACUCUUCCAAUUCCCCUUCUCUUUUCCGUACCAGGCCAGGCGCUUCUUCUGGAAUUCUGCUCGGCGCCGUCACUCUGCCUUCUCUUCUUCUGUCCAAAUUGGUACAACUAUCGCGGGGAAUCUCACUUGCUCAACUUCAACUUCAAGAGAUUCAAUAUCUGACAUGGCAAUACUGGGCCACCUCUGCCAGCGCCUGCAGCGUUGUUUUGUUCCUCGCCUUCGCACGACGCCGUUCUUCAUUAUCCCCUCCUCAUUGGGGUGUGAAGUUUAGCUUAUGCUCCAUUUUCCUUGAAGUUCUCGUUUCUGUUGCUGCCCUUGCCACCACAUCUCAAAUUGGGAUGCAUCCGGCACUGAAGCUGGCGUGGGUCUUUAGUCAUGGAUUGGCGUCUGUGAAGCUAAUUCAGCAUUUCCUCAGAACUUUUCCCUCUUGUGCUUCCAUUGGGGAGGCAUCUUUGGUGACUUCUGGUAUUGUUCUCUAUUUUGGUGACAUGUUGUUGCUUACUAUUAAAAAGCUACAUGGACUAUUGUUCUCAUCAGAGUUAGUUGCUGCAGAAUAUGAAACAAGUAGAAGUGAGAUAAGCAUUAUAAUUCAGGGGCUUGUGCUUGGUCUUCUGCUCUAUCCAAUAGCUUUGAAAUAUAUUCUCCAAGUAUGGGAGUGGUCUAUAAAUACAUCUUCUGCUGAAGCAAGAAGAUACUAUGAGAUUGGGAGAACUCUUAUUUUUGUUGCUUCCCUUGGAUUUGUCCUGAUUAUGAUUGUACCAUCAUGGAUGCAAUUUGUGCAGGAGUUUCACGAGCAUCCUUUUUUCUGGGUGAUUUCCUUUGUUUUCUCAGAGCCAUCCAAAAGACUGUCGUUAUGUAUGUAUUGGAUGUCUAUAAUUUGUGUUUCUGUUUUGCGAUUCUAUAAUAUCUCCAAGAACAGUAAGCUUGAGAGAAUUCUUUUGAGGAAAUACUACCAUCUGAUGGCUGUCUCGAUGUUUUUGCCUGCCCUUAUCUUCCAGCCAAAAUUUCUUGAUCUAGCUUUUGGUGCGGCUUUGGGAAUUUUCCUAACCUUAGAAAUUAUUCGAGUAUGGAGAAUAUGGCCCUUGGGACAACCAAUAAAUCAAUUUAUGAAUGCAUUCACUGAUCACCGUGACUCUGAUCUUCUCAUUGUCAGCCAUUUCUCACUCUUACUGGGAUGUGCGCUUCCUAUUUGGAUGUCUACUGGGUACAAUGAUCGACCUCUUGCUCCUUUUGCCGGAAUAUUGAGUCUGGGAAUUGGAGACACGAUGGCAUCAAUGGUUGGGCACAAGUAUGGUGUUUUGAGAUGGAGUAAAACUGGAAAGAAAACAGUUGAAGGUACUGCAGCUGGUAUAACUUCGGUACUAGCCGCUUGUUCUUUACUCCUUCCACUCUUAGCAUCAACUGGAUAUAUUCUCACUCAGCAUUGGUUCUCUCUUCUUCUAGCUGUGACUGUAAGUGGUUUGUUGGAGGCCUACACAGCACAACUUGACAACGCAUUUAUACCACUUUUUUUCUAUAGUCUUCUCUAUGAAGGUUACCCAGAAAUGAUUGGCAUGGUGAUAUUUGGAUGGAGCAGUUACGAAGAUGAAGAGAAUGAUGAUAGCCAGCUAGAUGGAUUGAAAUAG